CGACGAUAACUGCCCUGGUCUCCCCACACUCUUCUCUCUACUUCACACAAUGCCUCUUCUACGCGUCUCUCGAGUCCGGCCUGCUUCCAGGCUGAGGUCUACACUCUCCCGUACUCUCUACACCUUCCCCGACCGCGUCCAAAUCGACCCCGAAGUCCGCGACGCCGUCAACUCAAACAAACCCGUCGUCGCCCUCGAGUCCACCAUCCUCACCCACGGCAUUCCCUACCCCCACAACCUCGCCCUCGCCCACGACCUCAACUCCAUCAUCCGCUCCGAAGGCGCCGUCCCCGCCACCAUCGCCCUCGUCAAAGGCCGUCCCGUCGUCGGCGCUACCGACGCCGAACUCGAAUACCUAUGCUCGCCGCAACCUGCCUCUGAUGAGAAAUUCAUCAAAAUCUCCCGUCGCGAUAUCGCCUACGCCGUCGCCAACGGCGUCACCGGCGGAACCACCAUCGCCGGCACGAUGAUCCUCGCCCAUCUCGCCGGCAUCCGUGUCUUUGCCACCGGCGGUCUCGGCGGCGUUCACCGCGGCGCAGAGCACACCCUCGACGUCUCUGCCGACCUCGAAGAGCUCGGACGCACGCCCGUCGCUGUCGUCAGCGCUGGCGCGAAAGCUAUCCUUGACCUCGCAAAGACUUUUGAGUAUUUGGAGACCAAGGGCGUCCAUGUCUCCACAUACGGUGAAAAGGGCGUCAAUAUCCCGGCUUUUUACUCCAGAGAUUCGGGUAUCAAGAGUCCUUUCAACUGGCCCACCCCCGAAGCUGCCGCCGCCGUCAUCCACGCCAACUCCCUCCUCAAACUCCAGUCCGGCAUGCUCUUCUGCGUCCCCCCACCUCCCGAAUUCGCCAUCCCGUCCGAAGAAAUCGACGAAGCGAUCGACGAGGCCGUCAUCGCCGCGAACGAGGCCCAGAUCAAGGGCAAGGACAUCACCCCGUUCCUGCUCGACCGCAUCCUGCAAAUCACGGACGGCAAGAGCUUGAAGUCAAACAUCGGCUUUGUCAAGAAUAAUAUCCGCAUGGGCGCAAAGAUCGCCGUCGCGCUUGCAAACCAUGAGAGUGGUGCCGAGGACAAGACUUUUACUUCACCAUCCGCUCUUUCUUCAUCUCCUCUUUCUUCGCCGUCUCCUCUCUCUUCGCCAUCUCCCGCACAUCCAGCACCAUCAUCAUCAACAGCACCCCGCUGCCUCGUCGUCGGCGCCGUCGCUGUCGACCUGACCUGCGACCUCCCCUACGCCUCCCUCGCCUCCCCCUCCUCCUACCACCACACCUCCAACCCCGGCGCCAUCCACCGCACCCCCGGCGGCGUCGGCUUCAACGUCUGCCUCGCCGCAUCCUACUCCGCCCGCUCAUCUCCGCCCCCUUCCUUCCGCAUGAUCUCCGCCGUCGGCCCCGACGCCCGCGACAUAUACUCCGCCCUCGGCCUCUCCCCCUCCUCCUCCUCUCGCGCACCCGACCUCUCCGGCGUCCGCGUAGACGACGCAGGCCGCACGGCGCAGUACAUCGCCAUGCACGACCAACACGGCGGCCUCAUCCUCGCCUGCGCAGACAUGUCUCUGGUCGAAAACCUCGCGCCGGCGCACAUCCGCGCCGAGUUUGCCCGCGCAAAAGCUCAAGACGGAUCAUCAGUGAGCUGGGUCGCCGUCGACGCGAACCUCAAUGCCGAACCACUAACCACGGCCGUCGCCUGCGCGGCCGAGAUCGGCGCCCGCGUCAUGCUUGAGCCGACGGCGGUGAUUAAAGCCCAGGCUGUACUCGAUCUUCUCGCGCGCGGCGACUUGCACGGCGUCUACACAUCCUCCUCCUCAUCUGAUUCCACCCCGCGCAAGAAAAUCGACCUAAUGACACCAAACGACAUCGAGCUCGCAGCACUCUUCGAAUACGCCCGCACACACGACCUAUUCGACACCCCCGCCUGGUGGACAACCCUCGACUCCUUCGCGACCACGCACGCCUUCCGCACCGCCGUCGCAGCACUGCACACCCGCUCCUCAAUCCCGGACGCGGUCAAGCCCGAGCUCGAGGCCGCGCUCGUGAGCAAGCAGGGGUUGGUCCAGCAGGCGGUCCAUUUACUUCCGUAUAUCCCGCAUCUGUUUAUCAAGCUCGGCAGACUCGGCGUGGUGUCCGUGCAACUUGUCUCGAGCGCGGAGAUCGUGGGGGUGGUGGAUCUGGUUCCGCACGCGUUGUCAGAGCGGCUACGCACCGCGCCUGGUGUAGUCGUCUGGACGGGCGACGAAGGCAGGUCGAUCGUGGUGGCGCAUCAUCCGCCAUUACCUGUGUCGAACAACGAGAUCGUCAGCGUCACGGGCGCGGGCGAUUCCUUUGCGGGAGUUCUACUUUCCGAGUUGGUCGACCACGAGGCGUCUUCGUCUGAAACCCACCAAGAUGUGUUGGCGGAUAUUGGCAAGAUGCAGAAGAUUGUAAAGAGAGCGCAGAUGGCGUCUGUGAUGACGCUGAAAAGUCGGUUUGCUAUUAGUCCUGAGAUUCAAUCUCUCUAGUCUCUUUUCUCCAAAGAGAUGUAUAUAUCAACCUCAUAUAACUUAUAGAAGUGGAUGAAAUGAAAAGUAAUAGAAU